AUGGCAGGGACUGGGAGCAGCAGCAGCAGUAGCAGCAUCUCUGAAUGCACCAGAAACAGGAACCCCUUCUCUGACAGCAACGGGGUCCUGCCGAACACCUCGUCAGACCGAGGCACGUCGUCCCAACCUCAGCAAUCACCACAACGACCCUCAUUGUCCUCAAGAGCGUCCUCGUAUGGUGCUCAUGCCCGCGCCAAGAAGCACAAGUUUGUCAGCUACCGUCUGCGCGACGCGUACGAGCAGCCGUGGCUACAGGACAAGCGUCUAAAGGCGUGGAAGCGCAACAACUACAUUAUAUAUGGCGCCAUGGUUGUCGCCCUCGGCGUUUGUGGGUUUUUUGGGUAUUGGGGUACACAGCGUGGAGUUCCAAAGCAUGAUUAUUGUCUUGUAUUGGAAGAAGACUUCAGUUCACUUGAUCCUGCAGUCUGGAACCACGAAGUUCAGGUUGACGGUUUCGGUACAGGGUCGUUUGACUGGACCACAGACGAGUCGACAAACUCCUUUGUAGACGGUGAUGGUUUGCACAUUGUGCCGACUUUGACGACGGAGACAUCGCCCAUCACGCCAGCACAAAUACUGGACGGCUAUGCACUCAACUUGACACAGGCUGGUGGCGAUGGUACAUGUACCGGUUCCAGCCUCAGUUCAUGCUCCGUCAGGUCGAACACCACCACUGGCGCCAUCAUAAACCCCGUGCGCUCUGCUCGCUUGAACACCAAGGGCAAGAAGAGCAUCAAGUACGGCCGCGUUGAGGUCGUAGCCAAGCUCCCCAAGGGCGACUGGCUGUGGCCCGCCAUCUGGAUGAUGCCUGAGAAGUCUGUCUACGGACAGUGGCCGGCCAGUGGGGAGAUCGAUAUCAUGGAAGCCAAGGGCAACGACCACGACUACCCUCAUGGCCGAGAUUAUGUGGACAGCACGUUGCACUGGGGCCCAACCGCCAAGACCGACGCCUACCUGCGCACCACUGGCAUGAACCGCAUCCGCCGCACCGAUUUCUCUGAGAGUUACCACACCUAUGGAUUGGAGUGGUCAGAGAAAUACCUCUUCACAUACCGCGACACGCGCUUGCGCCAGGUCCUGUAUUGGUCCUUUGACCAGUCGGCGGGUACAAUGUGGCAGCGCGGCUACUUCAGCCAGAUGACCGAGAACAACACUCUUCUCACAGACCCAUGGAGCAAGACGGGACGGUACAACACGCCUUUCGAUGAGGAUUUCUACCUGGUCCUCAACGUCGCCGUGGGCAGCCGCAACGGGUGGUUCACCAACAACGUUGGCGGGAAGCCCUGGAUCGACGCCGACGACAACGCCAUGCGCCAGUUCUGGCAAGCUUCGGACCAGUGGCUGCCGACGUGGGGUGAGGGCAACGACCGUGGCAUGACGGUCAAGAGCGUGCGGAUGUGGCAGGAGAAGGGGUACAACGGGUGCUGA